AAACUUACACGCUCUGGUUUCCACUAUCACCGGUAGUUAGUCAACAGUUGCUGAUCGAACACGUCAAACAUGGAUAAAUAUAGUUUGUUGUUCUUGUUUUAUUAUGUUACAAGUGUUGAUUCUUUACCUUUCAAUGAAAACGAUAUAAAACUUAAGACCCUUAUCGCUGAAAGCACUUGUAAUUUCCCGCCUAUGUUUUUAGCGAAGGAUGAAGUGUACGCUUUACAGUUUCGGGCUUGUUCUGCAGAUUGGAGUAACGAUGUUUUGAAACAAAUGUGCUUUGAACUAGAAAAGGAAUCAAUGUGUUAUCUGACACCGAAGUCUGCUUCAUCUCAAGGGCCAGUUGUACUACCAACAUCCAAUAUAACCAAAAGCUUAUUUUCCGGAAAAGACAAACAAGAUUAUGUGACAAAAUUAUGUCAGUACAUGACAACUUUACCAUGGAAAUCAGAUGAAUGCUCUAAAGAAUGCUCUGGUGAAGCAUUUUUCAUAUGUGACCUAUAUGUUGCAAUGGAUAAAGUGUUACGUUCUUUCUUUGAACAAGAAGCACAAGACUACACACACCUGGAUGUUUUUGUACACUCUAGAGAGCUAGGUUUCUUAUAUCCAUAUCCACCAAUUGGAGCAUUGCACAACAACGAUCUGUUAAUGGACUGUGCCACUCCAUCUCAAGAUACAGGUUUAAUACAACUGUGUAAAGUCAUGGCUGAAGUUGCAGUAAAAUUUGUCAAAAAUAGAGUGAAAGCAACAUUUCAUGCAAGACAGGUGACUGAAAAUGUAACUGCCAACUGGGACCCAUGCUCAAGAAUGUCAACUUUUGCUGCCUUCAGUACAUCACAAGAAUUUACACAACUUCAGCUGGACUGUCCUCAACUUUGUAAUACACAUUUGGCCAUAUGUAAAUUGAUCUAUCUGGGUAUUGAAACUUACCAGAAUUUAGCAGGUGGUAGAGUCAAUUCACUGGCAAACGAGUUACCUAUAAUAGGUGAUGCUGUUAACAACCCGUCAUCAUUAGAUAACAAGUUUAAUCCUGAAAGCCAAAGCAAACCUGAAAUAAAGACUACUGAUGCAGGAAAUGUUGGAGGGAAUCAAAAUGCGAAUGGUAUUACUCGAGGACAGCCACAAGUUGGUACUGAAAGACAGCCACAAGGUGGUACUGGAAAACAGCCACAAGGUGGUACUAGAGAACAGCCACAAGUUGGUACUGGAGGACAGCCACAAGGUGGUACUGGAGAACAGACACUAGGUGGUACUGGAGGACAGCCACAAGGUGGUACUGGAGGACAGCCACAAGGUGGUACUGAAGAGCAGCCACAAGUUGGUACUGGAGGAAAGCCACAAGGUGGUACUGGAGAACAGACACUAGGUGGUACUGGAGGACAGCCACAAGGUGGUACUGGAGAACAGACACUAGGUGGUACUGGAGGUCAGCCACAAGGUGGUACUGGAGAACAGCAACAAGGUGGUACUGGAGAACAGCCGCUAGGUGGUACUGGAAGACAGCCACAAGGUGGUACUGGAGAACAGCCACAAGGUGAUACUGUAGGACAGCCACAAGUUGGUACUGAAGGACAGCCACAAGGUGGUAAUGGAGGACAGCCACAAGGUGGUACUGGAGGACAGACACUAGGUGGUAUUGGAGAACAGCCACAAGGUGGAACUGGAGGACAGCCACAAGGUGGUACUGGAGAACAGCCACAAAGUGAUACUGGAGAACAGCCACAAGUUGGUACUGCAGAACAGACACUAGGUGGUACUGGGGGACAGCCACAAGGUGGUACUGGAGGACAGCCACAAGGUGGAACUGGAGGACAGCCACAAGGUGGUACUGGAGAACAGACACAAAGUUAUACUGGAGGACAGCCACAAGGUGGUACUGGAGAACAGCCACAAAGUGAUACUGGAGAACAGCCACAAGUUGGUACUGGAGAACAGACACUAGGUGGUACUGGAGGACAGCCACAAAGUGGUACUGGAGAACAGCAACAAGGUGGUACUGGAGAACAGCCACUAGGUGGUUCUGAUCUGUCUGCAGGGCUAUCGGUCAUCAAAACAACAUAUGCACCAACAACGUCUUCAACAGAUGAAUCAUAUUUUUAUGAUGAAGAUGAAAUUGUGGAGAAUCAGAAACCAGAACAAUCAAAACAUAAGGAGGUAGUGAGUAUGGGUCAAGCCGUUUAUGACGAUGAGAGUUCAGGAGGUCACUUCAUGGCAUAUUUCCUUGUCUUUAUUGUACUCUCUAUUGCUGGCUAUAUUGUAUUCUAUAAUAAACAAAAGUUUAAGGGAAGAAGUCGGCAUGAUUACAAGGAUAUUAUUUUUUCCAUUAUUAUAGAGGGUAAGUCUGGGAAAGGGGGUCGAAGACCUAACACGAAAGAUUACAAGCAGUUGAAGACAGAUGAUGUGAUGCCAUCACUCGAGAAAUCAGCGUACAGCAAGGACUGUGUUUUCUAACUUCCAUUGGCAGAAUAAACAAAAAUCUCCACAGAAAUCCAUCCUGAACAAUCAUAUCUCAUUUCUCAAACAGUUUUAUAUCAAGAAGACGUAAAAUAUUCUCAGUAUAUGAGCAUUCAUCACAUAAAGAGAUUUGUUGACCUGGUUUUUAUAUGUAUACGGUUUUAUACAAAUAGCACCUGUAUUAUUGGCUUUAAUGUAACCAGUAACAUUCAAGUAUCCAGUUUUCUGUAUAAAUUUGUGGGAAAGUUUCAAUUGGGACCUCUUAUAUAAUAGUAGUAAUAUACAAAUAGAUAUGCAUAUGUAUAAACAAAUAUGAAUGUAAUUGAUAAUUGAUAUAAAGUUUCUAAACAUUCCUUUUAAACUUGCCAUUAAAAUGUCAUUUUAUAUAGUAAAAGUUUUUAUGACAGUAUGUUAUUUCAUACCUUGUGCAGUUAAAUAGAAAGAUGUUCAGAUGAAGUUAAUUUAAAAUUAUGGUUUUUAGGUUUAUAUUGCCUGCACAGAUUGAUAAGAUAUGUUUUUGGUUACCAUUAAAUCUAUCACAUUGUACAAGCUAUCACUCUACAUGCAAUCUAUUUUAAGUGUGAUCAAUUUCCUGCAUUCCGUGCUUUCAUUAAUAUUCAUUGUUUAGAAAACAGUCUUUACUUUUAGCAUAUAAAGGACAGUAUUGUUUUAAAAAUUCUCAAUGUUGAUAAUUUAUUUUAUAGAAUAAAACACGCAAAUGGUGAAUAAUGAAAAGUGAAUAGGUACAGAAAAGUUAGUUCAGUGUGUUUAAAGUCUGUCAUCUUUGUUCUGCCCUUAAUAAGCAGAUUAAUGAUUAUUUUGUGCCAUUUCUUUCUACUAGAUUGUUAUACUGUACAGUAGAAGCAUUAUACUUUCAUUGGAGCAUAAUAUUAAAAGUAAAUAUUGUAUUGGCUGUUUCAUAUAUGCAAUCAUCUAGCUUUUUCAUUGUUUUUAGCAUUCUGUGAUAAAUUAUGAUCUUUGUUUAAUUCCAUAUUGUAUUCUGUAGAAUCACAAAUAUUUAUAAGUCAUUUAUUUCACCUUUAACCUGCUGUAGUGAGGGACUCAACUGACCUUUUUUUAUGCAAUAGGAUAGGAAAUAUUUUUUCAAUAUUUAUAAGGUUUAUUUUCUGUUUACUAUAACUUGUGUGCUAAAUUUCAGAUCUCACUCCUUUUCCUCAGAAUGAUCAAUUUUAUUGUGCAAAAUGACCCAAUAAAUAAAAAAAUGAGCCACGUCAUGACAAAACCAACGUAAUGCGUUUGCGACCAGCAUGGAUCCAAACCAGCCUGUGCAAUCGUGCAGUCUGAUCAGGAUCCAUGCUGUUCGCUUACAAAACCCUAUAACAAGUAGAGAAACUGAUAGCGAACAGCAUGGAUCCUGAUCAGACUGUGCGGGUGCGCAGGCUGGUCUGGAUCCAUGCUGGUCGCAAACCCAUCAUGUUGGUUUUGUCGUGACGCGGCUCAAAUGUCAAAAUGCUUUUAACUCAAAUCUUGCACAAAAGUUGAUUUUCAAUUUAAUUCUUAAAAAAUUUGAGCCGCGCCAUGACAAAACCAACAUAAUGGGUUUGCGACCAGCAUGGAUCCAGACCAGCCUGCGCAUCCGCACAGUCUGAUCAGGAUACAUGCUAAUCGCUAUCAGUUUCUCUACUUGUAAUAGGGUUUUUAAGCGAACACCAUGGAUCCUGAUCAGACUGCACGGAUGCGCAGGCUGCUCUGGAUCCAUGCUGGUUGCAAACGCAUUAGGUUGGUUUUGUUGUGACGCGGCUCAAUUAUGUAUUUAUUUAUGAUAUUAGUUAUUUUCCUGAUGAGGGUAAACAUGUAGCUUUUGAGAGACAAGUUGCCUUUCUAAAUCCCAUCAGUAGCAUGUAUAACAAAUUUUAUAUAACCACGGUUGAUUUAUCCAUUAAUCUUUUAAGAUAUGAAUUAAUAAAUAAACAAUGAAACCUAUUAUCAAUUCCCUUUUGGUUUUCCAAUUCUGUACCUCACCGAACAUUGUCUUUUAUGUGUUCAAGGAAAUUCUUAAGUUUAAUUUUAUUUAGAUAGAUUACUAAAUAAUGUUGAUAGAUAGCAUAUUUAAAAAAGAGACAAAAAAGAAUAAAGACUUUUGUAAAUACAUGAACUGUUAGUUUAAAUUAUAAGUUAUGUGUUAGAAAUGAUAAGCAUACUUGAGAUUCUUGAGAACAUGAAUUGUUUUUAAAUUAUUAGCUAAUUAAAAGUAAAAUCAAGGGUUUUGGGGUACUUUAUUUGAAAAUUUGUUAAAUACAUAUUUUAAGUACUAAGUAUAUACCUGUAGGUUUUUUGAUACAUUUAAAAAUACAUUACAGGACAUUUUAUUCAAUAUACAUACAAUAUUCACAUGUGUUAAAUAGAAACAUUUUAUGUGAUAACUUUUUGUAGAAUCUGCCAUAAAAUGAUAAAAUUAUGGUAACAAAAUUAUUUUACUGUUUAUGUAUAUUAGAUAAUAUAAACUUUCUAUGCUAAAAAUCCUUCCAAAACGACCAUAAUGUAAGUUUAUGAAAAUAACAAUAUACCUUUAACAGUCAUUUAUGUCCUAAGAAUAAUGUACAUGGAUUUUAAUAUGCAUAUAAUAAAAUGUUGAGUUUAUGCUAUGAUAUAAAUUCUUUUGCAUUUUUAUUAUAUAAAACUUUAUAUUUUGCUUACGUUGUUAGUUGAUAUUGAACAAAUGUUUAAGAAGGUAUUUUACUUACAUUUUUCUAUACUUUAAAUUAUUGAGUGCCGCUGAAUCAAUGCUGUCUGUCUAUCAUAUAUGUACAUUGUAUAUAGUAUAUGAUAGAGUAAUUAAAAGUUAAGUAAAGUCAUUAACACAAAUAAUAUAUUAUAAUGCAUUUCUAUCAAUUUGUAUCUGACUUGUGUAUUAUAUCUCUCUGAAUUAGUGAUCAUAGAAUUCAUAGGGUUAAGGUUUGGAAUUUGUAAUUAAUCAUUUAUUUUUGUUUUGUUGUCGUGUAAGAAGUAUCACUUGCUUAAACUAAACUUCAGACUAACAAUACUAGUACAUGAAUUGAAAAAAGUAUUUUCAAUAGGAUUCCACUGUGUAUAUCCAUUAACACAGGAAUUGCGCAAAAGUAAGGCCGAAUCUGUAAAAAUUUAUGGCUUGAACAAAACACAGAAAGUAAACUGAUAAUAUUAUCUGAUGAUAAAUCAAAUCAAAAGAAAUCAAUAAGCGCGUACUGCUGCUAAGAUAUUUUAACCAGCUAAUUAUUUACCGCUUCCGUGAUCGAGGGGUUGGAGUCGAUGACUUCUAAUCCAGUUACCUCUCUGGCGUGGGUUCAAUCCCCGGGAGAUGCUUUGGUAGUUUAGCGCGAAGGAAGGUACUGGUGUAACUCUCCAGGAACGAUGGUUAGGAAACUACCCGCCUAUAUGACUGAAAUACUGUUGGGAAAAGGCGUAAAAUGAAACAAACGAACAAACAAUUUACAAGAAGGUCAUUACUGUUAAAGAUCAUUUUUGAGAAUGACCACAGCAGAUACAAUUUGAUUCAGACACUUUUUGUAAGGUAACACGAGUGUUGCCUCGGUGCAUCAUUCACGAAAUUUUCAAUCAAACUUCAUACAUGUAUAUGACUCGAUAUGAUAAUGUAUAUUAUUUGCAAGGGUGCUAUAUUUUAUGUUAUUCCAGUUUUUUUAGCUCACCUGAGCAUAUGCUCAGGGUGAGCUAUUAGGAUCACUCUUCGUCUGUAGUCUGUCGUCCGUUGUCCGUUCACACUUUUAAAACGACAUCUCCUCUGAAACCAUAAGGCCGAUCAUAAUGAAACUUCACAGGGAUGUUCCUUGUAUGAAACCUUAACAAAGUUUUUCAAAGAAUUCCAUUCCAUGCAGAACUCUGGUUGCCAUGGCAACCAUUUAAAAAAACUUUAAAUAUCUUCUUCUAAAAAACCCAAAGAGUUAGAGCUUAGAUAUUUGGCAUGACAUAUCUUCUAGUGAGUGUCUACCAAGUUUGUUCAAAUAAAAGCCCUGGGGUCAAAAUUUGCCCCGCCCCAGGGGGUCAUUGAUUUUCCCUAUAUGCAUAUAGUAAAAACUUAAAAAAUCUUCUUUUAAAGAACCCAAAGAGCUAGAGCUAAGCUAUUUAGCAUGAAACAUCUUCUAAUGGGUGUCUACCAUGUUUGUUCAAAUAAAAGCCCUGGGGUCAAAAUUGGCCGCGCCCUAGGGGGUUAUUGAUUUUCCCUAUAUGCAUAUAAAAAAACCUUAAAAAAAAUUCUUUUAAAGAAUGCAAAGAGCUAGAGCUAAGAUAUUUAGCAUGAAACAUGUUCUUAUGGAUGUCUACCAAGUUUGUUCAAAUAAGAGCCCUGGGGUCAAAAUUGGCCGCGCCCCAGGGGUCAUUCAUUUUCCUUAUAUGUUUAUAACAAAAACUUAAAAGAUCGUUUUUGAAAAAAAAAAACAAAUUGCUAGAGUUUAGAUACUAAGCAUGAAACAUCUUCUAGUGAGUGUCUACCAAGUUUGUUCAAAUAAAAGCCCUUGGGUCAAAAUUAGCCCUGCCCCGGGGUCAUUCAUUUUCCUUAUAUAUGUAUGACAAAAACUUACAAAAUCUUCUUUGAAAAAACUCAAAUAGCUAGAGUUUAGAUAUUAAGCACGAAGCAUCUUCUAGUGAGUGUCUACAAAGUUUGUUCAAAUAAAAGCCCUGGGGUCAAAAUUGGCCCAGUCCCAGGGGACAUUGAUUUUCCUUAUAUGUGUAUAGCAAAAACUUAAAAAUCUUCUUUGAAAAAACCUGAAUAGCUAGAGUUCAGAUAUUAAGCAUGAAACAUUGUCUAGUAAGUGUCUACAAAGAUUGUUCAAAUAAAAGCCCUGGGGUCAAAACUGGCCCUGCCCCAGGUGUGCCAUUGUUUUUAACUAUAUUUGUAAAGAAAAAAAACUUGAAAAAAUCUUCUUUUAAAUAACCCAACAAGCUACACCUUAGAUGUUUAGCAUGAAACAUCUUCUAAUGGGUGUCUACCAAGUUUGUUCAAAUAAAAGCACUGGGGUUUAAACUGGCCCCGCUCCGGGGGCCUAUAUACAGGUGAGCGACUUUAGGGCCAUCAUGGCCCUCUUGUUUGUUGUUGUUAUUAAAUUAAAUCUGCAUAUUUUAGUGUAAGUUAAGGAUUACAUUAUUCUUAAGUUUCAACUUAGUCUGAAUAUUUUGAAGGGCAAAAUUAAACUUAGUGCCGUAUAUUAUUAGAUUUUGCUUCUGACUUAAAAGCAUCCAUGUAAUCAUGAAUUGAUAUAAAUAUAGUGAUAUUCACAAAAAAUAUGUAAAAAAUUAUUACUUUGCAGUAGAACUUAUUUGUCUUUUAUUGUGCAAUUUUUAGUAGUAUAAUACUCAGUAAUCUGGCUUUUUUAACCAUUAACCUGCGGGAACUGAAACUGUCAAUGCAACAAGUUUAGAGCCAGACCAACGUGCGUGUCCGUCUGUCAUGGCCUACUAACUUUAAAUUUUCAUCUUGAUAUCCCAAAAAUUGAUAAUGAAAAGUUUUAAAAAAUUUAGCUGAAGAAGUCAAUUUAAGAAAUUCAGCAGGUUAAAGGUAAACAGAAGCAUGGAAGAUUUAAUUCAUUGUGAUGUCUCAAGUAUUUUAUCUUCAAUAGCUCACACCCAUUUGUUAUAUUAUGUUUGAGAUAUAUGCAUAUUUUAAAACUAAAACAGUUUUCCUAAAUUCCUUGACCAUUAUAUUUGAUUUUUAAUGCCCUCCCCCCCCCCCUGGGCAUUUAGUUAUUAAACUGUCCAACUGUCUGUCUGUUGUUCAUAUGGUUCUGGUCUGUUGCAUAAUUAGGUAAAAGGGUCAGAAAAGAAGUUUCAAAAAUCUUCUUGUCUAAAAUACAUUGUUAACAGUAUAUAGUGAAAACUUUAAAAACCUUUUCCUCUGAAAUGACAAAGGCUAAAGGUUAGAUAUUUGGCUAAUAGAUUUUCAUUAUGUGGAUAUGAUAAAAUCUUUUAGGAAAAUUAUCAUCUGAAGCUUCAAAGAUUAAAGCUCAGAUAUUUGGCUUGAAACAUUCUGGACCUCUACAAAAACUGUUCUAAUUAUGGCCCUAGGGUCAAAAUAAGCCAUGCACUGGGAGUCACGAGUAUUCUUUAUAUACAUAAAACAAUAACUAAAAAAAUGUUGCCAUAAAAAAAAAUCAAGAUUGUUAAAAUUAAAGGCUUCGGGUCAAAAUUGGCUCUGACCCAGGGGACUCACUGACCUACUAUUUGUUAUUUGAUACACCAGUUAUAAAUAGUAAAAAAUAAGUAGUUAACUGUUAAUACUUAGAAUUCCCUAUAAAGUAGCAGCAACAUAUAGGGAUAACCUCUCUGUCAUUGGUCUGUUCGUCAGUCACAAAACUUGUCCUGGCUACUACAAAACUAAUGGAGCAAUUUCAUCCAAACUUUACAGAAAUGAUCAGUACCAAGUGUAGUUGUGCAUAUCGCCGGCAUUUUCCAGUACAUUGAUUUUUGUCAGACCUAUGACCAUUAAUUUAAUGUUUUAAGUGUAUAACUAACAUGUGAGAGUUAUUGUACAGGUUUCAUAUUUAAACAUAAUUAUAUAAUGAUAUAGCUAUUUGACUUUAGAGUUACAUGUACUUUUACAUUGUAGUGAUUAUAUGGCAAAAGGUUGUUUUAUUUUUAUAUAUGUAUAUAAUAAAUAUUUGACAUUAAACCUAUUUUUCUCAUAA